AUGUUGUUCUCGGUAUGCGUCACUGACACAAUGCUGCUCACCAACACCACUGGUUCUCUGACUGCAGGAGUGUCUCUGUCGGUCGACUUCAGCCAUCCUGUGGAUUAUCUCAUUUUCAUUUUUCAGAUUUUAUUUGCCACAACUGUUGUUUUCGUAGCAGGACCUAUAGUCAUUACCAUUUUUGCCACCAAAGAGCUCCGCCGACAGAACAGGUUUAUUUUCAUGCUGAACACCAGCAUCUGUGACACGCUCAUCGGGUUUUCAGUGUACUAUGUCGGUUUGUUUGAUGUUCAAGAGGGAUAUCCAUCCAGAAAUGGAACUUAUAACAUGUUAAACUAUCUCCUUGGGGUAAAUUUAAUGACAUUUUUGUUCGCGCAAUUUGACCGCUAUAUUGCUGUUUGUCAUCCUUUCACGUACUCUCGCUUCAUUACGAGGGGCGUGGUGAUUUCUGCAAACAUCUAUUGCUGGUUUUAUGUCUAUUCUCAGGCGGUUAUUUCGAUUUUCUUGCCCUUUUCCAAAGCAACACAGCUGUACGUGUUUGGUAUCAUCACCUUUCAAAUCAUAGUGUUCACCAAAGUGGCCAUGACUAUUAAACUGUAUGUUGUUGCCAGGUACCAGCUGGAAAGAGAGCCCCCUAGUGCAGAGAAAGAAAGCACCAAGGAAUCAUUGAGAAUAAUCAUUUUUGUUGUCAUAACCUUCUUAUUGUUGUGGUGUCCCUCCUUCGUUAACAUCGUCCUCAGACUGGUUGUAGGGAGAGGGCUGACAUUUAGGAAUGAUGCUACCAAUCUUUUCGCCAUCAUGGCUCGAUUUAAUGCCGUGUGCACGCCGGCCGUGUACCUGUGGGGGAGUCCCACUUUAAGGAAAGCCACGCUGAGAACGGUGUGGGGUAGACUGUGCCCAAAAUGCAACAGCAGAUAG